AUGAGAGAUUUCGUUGAGGAACAGAUGGCGUUUUACGCGCACUGUCAUCAGCACAUGGCCGAUCUACAGCGUUCAAUUUCUGGGUAUGACACGUUUGUUUUUAUUUGUUCUUGUAUUGUUGUUUACUGCGUGCAGUGUUGGUGUGCUGUUCGCUUCUAG